GGCAACGCUGCUAAGCAACACACAACUCGAGACAGCUGUGAUUUCCAGCUUGUCGUUUUGACAGUAUACUUACAGCAGUGUCAAAAGCAGUAAUGUCCACAAGCAAGGAACAAGCAGCUAUCAGUAAAGUUCUGAGUUUCCUUCAAGAGUGGGAUCAUGGCAACAAGACGGUGCGCAGCCGCAUGCUGACCGUGUUUGUGACUCAAAACACUGGAAAGACUUGCCCUGAGUUAGAACUGGAAUUCGCACAGGUUGCCAGUCUCUUUCUGGCUCGGCUCACCGCCUGGAUGAGGCUGACCUACAUGUUCGGAACAUGCUUAGGUCUUCAACUGAAAGCAGUUGGAGUGUUCCUCUCUGCAGCUAGCAAUCAUCGUUAUCUCAUAGAGUUCCUGGAGGUUGGAGGGGUCCUAACCCUCCUGGAGAUCUUAGGUCAGAAACAGACCAAGGAGGAGGACAAGGCAGAGGCCAUUCGGAUGCUUCAGAUAGUCUCCAACGCUGGACGCAAGUACAAAGAGCUAAUCUGCGAAAGCUAUGGUGUGAGAGCCAUUGCAGAGUGUCUGGCCAAAUCCAAGACAGAGGGGACCCAAGAGACAGCACGGGCCCUGUUGGAGUCCCUGGCCCAUGGAAACCCCAAAUACCAGAACCAGGUGUACAGAGGUCUGAUCGCCCUGCUGACCUGUAUCUCGCCCAAGGCCCAGCAACUGGUCUUGCAGACCCUCCGCAUAGUACAAGACAUAGUGAAGGAAGCCCACCCCAGCAUCGUGGGACCUCUGUUGAAUUUGUUGAGGUCCCUGCAUUUGGAGGUGCAAUAUGAGGCUAUCGAGCUGAUCACAGAUCUCAGGCAGUAUGCGGUCAGACCGGCGCUGCUCACAAGUCUUGUAGAUCUGCUCAAACCGGCUAUGGAAGGAGUGCAGACAUACAAGAUCCUGGAAGACCCAGAAAUGACCAAGAUGACUGAAUCCCUGCCAGUGUAUGUCCAACAAGCUGCGGCAGCCAAAGCUUUAAGGUUGCUUGCUCAGGGGAGUCAGGAGCUGUCCCAGGAACUGCUUCCUCUCAGAGUGGUGCACCACUUGAUGUAUGCUAUGGGAAACCAGGAGCAUGCUGACGCCCAGAGACAAGCCAGCCUGGCGCUGGAGCAUUUUGUCCGUACAUACCCAGUGGUGGAGGAGCAUGUACGCAGAACCAUGGGUAUCAAUCUGUUUGCAGCCUUCAUGCACAAACCUGAGACUUUCUACAUGACGAUGGAUGAAAUUCAAGCAGAUAUCCUGCUAUCAAAUAAAGUCAACAUUUUGGAAGUUCUGGAGCACCAGAGCUCAGAAGACUGAACCAGACAAAGUACAGGCAUGCCAUUUUGUAUAAUAAUAGUUGACACUUUAUUUUCAUGUUACAGUAAAAUAAAGCAAUAAAAAUAACAAAAAUUAUUCAGCCCAUAUUAUUGUUUUUUAACCGAUUUGCUUAGCAACUGUAACCAUGAGAAAUGCCUUUCAAAUGAAGAGAAUAAGUGGUUUAGCCUGGGGACCAGUGUUUAUAGCUAAUACUCCACUUCUUGCUUGCACUGCUGUCAUUUGCCAAAGAGACUUGUCUUUCUUCAAAUAUGAAUAUUCUAUCAUAAAUGAGCUCAAGGAGAUAAGGAUUUGGUCCUGAUUCCAUAACGUUCAGUGCUAUCCGGAAUCAUUUGGACAUCCCUACCCUAAACCUGAACUCCUACCUUAACCUAACCUUUACCUUAAUCAUUUUAAAUUUACAUUUGGGGUGUGUUUGUAAAUGAAAUCUGGAGUGCCAGAGUGCGCUCAGCGCGUUUGUAAAUUAAAUCUGGAGUGCCAGAGUGCGCUCAGUGCGUUUGUAAAUUAAAUCUGGAGUGCCAGAGUGCGCUCAGCGCGUUUGUAAAUUAAAUCUGGAGUGCCAGAGUGCGCUCAGCGCGUUUGUAAAUGAAAUCUGGAGUGCCAGAGUGCGCUCAGCGCGUUUGUAAAUUAAAUCUGGAGUGCCAGAGUGCGCUCAGCGCAUUUGUAAAUUAAAUCUGGAGUGCCAGAGUGCGCUCAGCGCGUUUGUAAAUUAAAUCUGGAGUGCCAGAGUGCGCUCAGCACGUUUGUAAAUUAAAUCUGGAGUGCCAGAGUGCGCUCAGCGCAUUUGUAAAUUAAAUCUGGAGUGCCAGAGUGCGCUCAGUGCGUUUGUAAAUUCAGAGCGCUGUCAAGCGGUUCUGGAGUGCCAAGUCUAAGACAAAAAUGCUUCUUAACAGUUUUUACCCCCAAACCACAAGACUCCUGAACAGGUAAUAAAAUGGCUACCCGGACUAUUUGUAUUGUGUCUCACCCCACCCCUCUUUUACGCUGCUGCUGCUCUCUGUUUAUCAUAUAUGCGUAGUCACUUUAACUAUACAUUCAUGUACAUACUACCUCAAUUGGCCCGACUAACCAGUGUCUGUAUAUAGCCUCGCUACUGUAUGUAGCCUGUCUUUUUACUGUUGUUUUAUUUAUUUACUUACCUAUUGUUGACCUAACACCUUUUUUGCACUAUUGGUUAGAACCUGUAAGUAAGCAUUUCACUAUAAGGUUUACUACACCUGUUGUAUUUUGCGAACAUGACACAUAAACUUUGAUUGUCCGUUCAUAAAUUCAGAGAGUUUUACUCCCCUAGCAGACGUCCUAAGGAUCCCGAUUUGCUCAAACCAAGGAUCCCGGAUUUUAAUCUUCAAACGAAAACCAGUCUGUCAAUAAUUGCUAGCACAUGUCUAAAUUCUCAACUAAAUACAUACUGCAAUUCCAACCAAAAAAUGUCUUCGCUUCGAUUUUAAGCCUCACAAUACACCAAUUUGCCUAGCUAACAGCUGCAUAUUUGUUUUGGACUUCGUUAUAAUUAUAAUUCUGUUUUUGAGGAUCCACAUGUUGUCAUGGAAAAUACUAAUGUUAUUUCCAACAACCAAUGAGCAACUUCAUAUUGAAUGUUGAGAUUGCCAAAAACCAUUCUCUUUGGCAAAUGACAGGAGAGGCAAGAAGUGGACUGAUAAACAGACUGUUUACCACUUAUAGUCUGGGUACCAAUCUACCCAUUUGUUAUGUAAGUGUAAAUAAAUU